GUGGGAUUAGCACGACAGUGGCAAAUGGCCGAGAGGAAGGGGACGAGCGAGGAGGAGGGGCGGCAGUCCUCAAUCGGCACGGAGCCGCGGACACUGAAUGCACAGGAGAUGCAACACGUCAAGGGGGCUGUGGAGGAUGCAUUCCAGUCGAGCGACACUCAAGAGAAAGCCAUGGCUGCGCUAUCCUCGUCGCAGCCUCCGCCUACUGCCCCUCGUUCGGCACUUGAGGACAAGGGCGAGGUCAAGUGAUCCGAGCCGUACUACGUGGGCCGGAGGGAUUUAAGUAUAACUUAUCAGAGGGAUGGAUGGAUGGAUACAUCGCAAACAAAGAAAAGAAAAAAGGAAAAUAUAGGUGGCUUAGCCUAGAUCAAAUGUGUUUGUUUUGGCUUGGUCAUUGCUGGGAGAGGGUGUGCGCGUCAUGGAUUGUGUGAGUGAAUAGAAGAGGAGUGAAGGAAGAGGGAUGUCUUACUCUCGCUUCAAGAGGGUCCCAAGAUGAUGCGCCUCUUGAGAUGCUCCGCCCUUCAUACUGGACAAACCGCGGCCAAGGGGCAACGAGGACAAGAAGACGAGCAGCAGCAGCGGCGCACCAAGCUGCAAAAUGGGGCAGUCCAUGUCGAUCCUCAAUCCCAUCGACGAAAUCUUCCUCCAGGAUGGACGCAGGAAUGCGCUGACUGAUGACGACCACCAUCGCACUCCUGCGCCAGACAAUAAUGACUACGAAAGAUUUGGCCCGUUUGGAUCGAGCUACGAGGAGGAGCUUGCGAGAGCCGUGCAAGAGAGCAUGGACUUGGACAGCCAAAGCAGAAGCAGGAGUGCUCCCAGCCCGAGCAAACAAAGAUAUAUAUGUGCUGGGUGCAACCAGGAGAUCGGACCGGGGCGCUUCCUCAGUUGUCUUGGUUCUGUGUGGCAUCCACAGUGCUUCCGCUGCAAAGCAUGCGGAGAUCCCAUAUCGGGUUCACAGGUUUCUCGACUUUGAUGACCCUCCACCCACGCUCCUCGUGUAUUUCUUGCAGUUUGCCUUGUCCGGGAGUGACCGCUACCACAAGGAGUGUUACAGGGAUUUGUAUCAUCCCAAGUGUGAAGUCUGCCACCAGUUUGUAUGUUUUGUUGAGCUUUAUAUGCGGAUGGUAUUUACUUCCAGUCAUUCAGAUUCCACCGAAUUCCUCUGGCCUGAUAGAGUACCGCGCACAUCCUUUCUGGGGACAAAAGUAUUGCCCCUUGCACGAAAAGGACUCCACCCCUCGAUGUUGCAGUUGUGAGCGAGUGGAGGCUCGAGACGCACGGUUUGUGAGCCUGGACGAUGGACGGAAGCUGUGCCUAGAAUGCUUAGAUUCGGCAGUCAUGGAUACGCACGAGUGCCAGCAUCUCUACCACGAAAUUCUGGAUUUCUACGAAGGAAUGAACAUGAAGAUCUCGCAGUCGAUACCGAUGCUUCUGGUGGAGCGACAAGCACUCAACGAAGCUCGUGAGCACGAACGAGACGGCUACCACCACUUGCCAGAAACAAGGGGCCUCUGCCUGUCGGAGGAGCAGACUGUUAGCACUGUGUACAGAAAGCCAAAGGCUUCACGUAGCAAUCCAGUGGGCAGUAUGCGCAAGGAAUCACUCAGGCUCCGACGCCAGUGCGAAGUCACCGCUAUCCUUGUUCUGUACGGCCUUCCACGUCUGCUCACUGGCUCCAUCCUGGCUCACGAGCUCAUGCAUGCCUGGCUCCGGCUAAAUGGCUAUCCGCACCAGUUGAAUCCAGCGGUGGAGGAGGGCAUUUGUCAAGUGAUGGCACACACUUGGCUCGAGUCGCAGAUCGGCAGCAGCGGCGGCAGCAGCAGCAGCUCGUCAGGUGGCAAGCAGAAGCCAAAGUCGAUCAACAACGAUCGUUUCCAGGAAUUCUUUCUCCACCAGAUUGCCAUGGACUCAUCACCGGCAUAUGGCGAUGGAUUCAGAGCAGGGCAUCAGUCGGUGGUGCAGUUUGGUCUGUCGAGAACGCUCGAGCACAUAAAGCUGACGGGCAGUUUUCCUGUGUGAAGAAAACACCAAAACAAAACACUUUUCUUCAAAUAUUCAGAAGGAGAAGCGACUCGGGUUUGCGUU